AUGAGGAAAGAUUUAGAGGGAUGGACAAAGCAGAUUAGCAGAAGUAGAAAGUUUAAAAAUGAGGUGUUAACCUCCAAAUUGUCAACUUUAUUGGAAGCUGAUAGAAACGACGAAAAUCUAGCAGAUAUAAUAGAUACUAAAAUUUUGUUGAAUUUUGAAAUUGAGAAGGAUGAAUGUUACUGGGAACAGAGGGCUCGGAUUAAUUGGUUGAAACUUGGAGACAGAAAUACUGCAUUUUUUCAUAAACAAGCAACUCAAAGGAAAAUGAGAAAUCCGAUUCAGAAAAUGCAAUUUGAAGAUGACAAGAUAACAGAAAAAGAUAAGGACAUGGGGGAAAUCGCGAGAGAUUAUUUUCAGAAAUUAUUCUCGAUAGUUGCGCAAGGAAAUUUGGAUCAAAUUCUAUCUGGCAUUGAUUGA